CUUUCACCGUAGAUAGACGACCCGGAUGUUCAAUCAAUGACCCCCCAACCACCCGUGGCUCAUUUCCCCAGUGAUUUUCGUCUGGUUUGGGACUCUUUUCGUAUUUUGUCGUCGUAAACUGAACUGCAUUUAUCAUAGUUAGAAGGUGAAGUAACAAACAACAUAAAUAAUUUGCCACCAUGUUCCUCACCCUCACCUUGCUGCGGAAAGGCAUUCCUGGGAAGCAGUGGAUCGGAAAGUAUCGGCGCCCACGACCGAUAACAUGGCAGAUGACACGCAAUACGCUUAAGCAUCUGGAGCGUGAGGCUGAGAACGAAUACUGGAUCAGCCGGCCAUACAUGACUCCGGAGCAGGAGUACUGCCAUGCCGCAGAGCGCAGAGCCCAGAACUGGUUGAAGAUCAAGGAGGCCAAAUUUGCUAAGUUUCCUGAACACAAGCACAUCUCAGAUCACUUGAGUCAUCUGAAUAUCACUAAGACAUGGUCAAGUUAAUGUGAGCAGAGAAAUUACAUGCAAAUACUAUAGUCAUAAUGUGACAAUAUCACAUGUUUGUGUGAAAGAAAGUUUGAUAUCUUUAUGUGUAUUUAUAGGUGCAGGAGGUUGUAUGUCAACUGAAAAGCUACCAUGAAAAGUUUCAAUGCAGCUCAUUGGAUAAAAACUGCUUAACAUUCUACAUCUGAUCUGUGGGACCUUACUUUCGCUUGCCUUAACAAAAUACACUUUCAAGUUGAGAAAACCAGGCAUCCCGCCAGUUAUAAAAACUCUAUAAGUAGAUGUACUGUUGAAGUGUGUUCCAUGAAGAAAAUGUUGACGGAAUUAUAUUAGUAGUCAAGAGAGGUUGGGGCAAAAUUGUCUUUUCCUGAAAGGUUAAUUUCACUGUAAUAUGCAUUCUUCUGUUUUUAACGUUGAAUGUAUUAAAGGGUUGUGGCUGUCAUGAA